GCAUUACCGUGAACCGACAUGUGAGUGAUGGACGUGCAAUUGGCAGUCAUGAACUCAUUGUGAUUAACCUCAUCAUUAAUAUCGUGAAAAAGUUGUGAAUGUAAAAGUUUAAACUGUCAGAAUGUGAAUUAAAUUGGGCCACUACAACGAAGUGAACCGAAUUCCUCGAUUUUUAUAAAAAACAAAUAGCCACGAAUUGAUUCAGAUCAGAUAUGGAGUGCUGAGAGGACCAACGCCAGAUAACCCCUCGGAGUGAUUGGGAUAAUUGAUGAAUUAUUGAAGUUUAAUUGGGUGAAGUGUUGAGGACAGUUUAGGGGAUAAUCGAGAAUAUCUGGGUGUCAUCAAGUUUAUCGAAAAUGUCGACGGCUCUGCUUGCACUUAUUGCUGUUAUUUUAUGUGUUCUCUUCAGGAUUCUCAAUGUUAACAGUUCAGCCCAGAAGCCGGUGAUCGUGUGUCAGGAUCAGGGAUUUUUGUCAACUGUCCUUAAGAUUGCACCUGUCAUCGCUGAACCAUACAAUCCGACGAGAUUAUGGGGUUUCAGUGGUCACGUGCAGACAAUAGUCCACAGUAUUAUUGGAAGGGUGAGAUGCCCAUGGCCAAUUGGUGACAGAAUUUACAUGAGCCUCGGUGAUGGUACAACAUUAACAUACGACUUGUAUCAACCACUGAGCAGUGGUCACGAAGAUGAUAUCACAGUGGCGAUUGCCCCUGGCAUUGGAAACAGCUCAGAGAGCGUUUAUAUAAGGACAUUCGUCCACUUUGUUCAGUGUCAUGGGUACAGGUGUGCUGUUCUUAAUCAUGUCGGGGCACUUUCCAGUGUCAAAGUCACUGCACCCAGAAUAUUUUCUUAUGGCCACACAGAUGACUACCACGUGAUGCUGUUGAGUCUCGUGGAGAGACACCCCAGCACAAAAAUCGUGUGCGUUGGAUUCAGUCUAGGGGGAAAUUUAGUGACUAAGUACAUGGGAGAGAGAUCCGCGAAUAAACUGCCCCAGAUCAUCGGGGGGAUUUCCAUCUGUCAAGGCUACGAUGCCAUCGAAGGAACGAAAUUUCUACUCAAUUGGCAGAACUUCAGGCGAUUCUAUCUCUAUAUUAUGACAGAGUCUGUGAAGAACAUCAUCUUGAGACACAGACAAGCCCUUUUAUCUGAGAGUGUCAAACAGAAACAUGGUCUCAAGGAGAAGGAGAUACUCUCGGCAGCCACCCUUCCGGAGCUCGAUGAAGCUUACACUAGAAGGAUACAUCAAUUCAGAUCUGUGAAGGAGAUGUACAGGUGGAGCAGUAGCAUCAAUUAUCUGAAUGAAAUAAAUUCUCCAAUGGUGUUUAUCAAUGCUCUCGACGAUCCAAUCGUACCUGAGGCCCUUCUGAAUCCAAUCAGAGAAUAUGCAGCGAAAAAAAAUAAUUCUCUGUACAUCGAAGUGGCUCAUGGUGGACAUUUGGGUUUCUACGAGGGUGGUCUCCUCUAUCCAAAUCCAAUCACCUGGCUGGAUCGUACUCUAGUGUCACUAAUUGGCUCACUAACACUCUUCCACGCGGAUCGAGUAAAAGUCGCUUAAAAUAUCCACCUCCCUAGGGGUGUCGAUGGACUUAUUGCAUUUUUAGCUUGACAAAGAAACGAUGAGCAAGCUGUAAUGGGACCCCCAGUUGCUAAAUGCAACUACCAAGCGCUUUAUUUAAACCGGAAUAAUGUACAUCCCUCAGCAUUUAUCGUUAGACUCUAAAAUUACGUGGAAAUCAUUAAAAUUCAUUUGAUGAAACAAUCAUCACUCGAUAAUUAUCAUUCCAGUAUUGCACGUGUGAAGUCUAUUAUGCAUUUAUUUUUAUCUAGCUUUAUAGACAAAUUUAUCAUUUAUUUCAUCGCAAUUUUAUUACAAUUUCGUUAUGAUUUGUUUGCACAAUUUUUUUUUCUGGCUCUCCAGUGAUUUUUCAUCAUGAGCAAUUCAUCUGAUCUGUGUGAAUAUUUACUAAAAUGUGGAGUAUGAUAGUUUAUAGAAAAAUAAUUGCCAUGUAAUUUUGGAAUCCAAAUAUUACUGGCAACUGGAUGUUUUCUAUUGGACUGAUUGAGACUGGAAAAAGUUUUGUACGGAGAUUACCCACCUUGAGUGGUAAAUGCCUGUGAGGACUUGAAGGAGUGAAGUAAAAUCACGACAUCCUAGAUUAAUUAAUAAGAUUUUCAUCUAUGAGAAGUGGAAAAAAAUAAGUAAACACGACUAAUUAUUCUGCAAAUAUCUUGAGAGCCUGCAAACAAAUCUCCUCUCUCUCGAUAUAUUUCCAUAUUAAUCAGUCUGUCAUUCGCAAUGAUUUUUUAACCACUUCACUGCAGAAUUAAAUAAAAUAAAUAAAUUACUGUUGUAAAUAACCAGAAUACCAUCUCAUGGAGAUGGUGUUCCACCUAGGACUUUCACUGGCUCACGUUGAGUUCAUUUUCCGUAAGACAAAUCUGCUUUUCUCGGGUGACUAACGUUAUUAAUUUAAUGGCAUUUAUAUUUGAAGAUGAAUUUUAUUAUUUAUAAAAGAUGAUAUAUUCGUAAAAAUAAAGUGACAUUACGUAAUCUGGA